AUGGCCGACGACGCACACGACGCACAAGACGCACAGCCAUUCCCAACUGCGAAGCCCGCGGAGCAGGAGCCGACAACACCCCCAGGAGAUUGCAAUGGGACGGACGUAAAGAACUCGAGGAAGCGAGAGCGGGAGGUCUCGCUCGAGCCAGCGACACCUCAGCCAGUCGUCCAGGAACUUGAAAAUGGCCGUUCUGAGGAGAAGGAUCGACGAACACCAGCGAAGAAGAACCGGACGAGCGACACCACACUCGAGUCGACCAAGGAAGAGGUCGAGGAGGAGAUGCCGACCACCGGAUCCCCGCCCCACGAAACCAAAAUCCGGCAAAUUAGCCAGGGGGUCGAAGACAUCACCUGGAAGAACAUGAAGAAAGACGAGCCGGCAGACAAGUCCCCGACGCUGAUGGACGAGGACGCCCCCGCGCCCGCCGAGGACGCGCAGGACGUCGCCAUCCCCGACGCGCACGGCGAACACGCGGACGCCCCACCAACGGCGCCGGCGCCGACGGGUCAAGCGCUGGUGGGGGUGGAGGGGCAGCAGCCUCCGGCACUACCACCACCAGCCGCAAGCGUGGGCCCGAAUCCGCCCAUCGUCGACGACGGCGAGGGCACGGGCGCGGCAGCAGGUGCGGAGCAGCCACCCGACUCUCGUGUGGCCGGGGCUCCACAGCCGUCCGGCGCAGUCGCGACUUCUGCCGUCGUGGAUUCGCUGCAGGCUCCCGCGGCGUCGGACCAGAUCCCCUUCGGCGACGUACCACGGCUGCCGAGCUCGCGACGCGACUCUGACUCGGACGGCGAGAAGAAGCUGAAGCGCAAGCUGGGCGACAGGACGGCCAGCGCCGCUCUGGACGGUGUGUCCAUGAGCCGCAACGGCACACCAGUCCCAGGCGCAGUCGCCACGAAGCGGCCGCGCGACGACCCGGAGGUGGACCCGAAUACACGGGAGAAGAAGCGGCCGACGCCCCCGCCGGACGAGGAGAAGGCGAAGGCGAUCGAGCUGCUCAAGGCGCAGGAGAAGGAGAAGGAGGGCGCGAAGAAGGAUGCCCCGGCCCCGUCGGUCCUGGGCGGCUUCGCCAUGUAUGCAGCGCCAAACUCGCCCUUCGCCACCGUCUCUGGCCCCCGCCUCUUCGGUGCCAAGUCACCCUCCCCGUUCGGCGCAUCCCCCUUCGCGUCCGGCAGCACGUCUCCCUCCCCUCUCGCUGCGGCCGUCGCCGCGCAAGAGGCACAAGCCGCGUCAAGCGCGUCGAGCUCCUCUAGCACGGGCGCGACGCCAGCGAAGCGCACAGGCUUCGAGGCCUUCGCGUCCGCGACGUCGCCCUGGGCGAGCGCGGCGAAGCGGCCCAAGUCCCCGCCGCCGGCGACGGCCAACGCUCUGGGGCGGAGCCGGUCCCCUUCGCGUCACGGCACGCCCGCCCGCGCGACGAACGCGUUCUCAGCGUACGCCUUCGGCGGCGCUCAGGGAUUCGCGGCGCCCUCUCCGCGACGGAGCGUGUUCGGAGAGGGAGCGGCGGCGUCGGCGCUGACGAACCCACUUGCGCUAGCGAACCAGAACGCGUUGGACUCUGGACGCGAUUCGGACGAGAGCGAGAAGGAGGGUGGAGAGAAGGAGAGCACAGGGGCAAAGGCGGUGUCCUUCGGGGAGCGUCUGCGUGCUGGCAAGGAUUGGGAAGAGGGCGAGGAGGGCGAGGAAGAGAAGAAGCUGCAGCUGACGGAGCAGGAGGUGCACACGGGCGAAGAGGAUGAGGAGACGGUGUACCAGGUGCGCGGGAAGCUGUUCGCGCUCAGCGACCAGAACAUGUGGAAGGAGCGGGGCACGGGCAUGCUGAGGAUCAACGUCCGGAGGGACGAUGGGAGCGGGGCGCGGCUCAUCAUGCGGAAGGAGGCGGUCCACAACGUGCUCCUGAACGCGACGCUCUUCAAGGGCAUGCGCUGCGUCCUCGCGCAGGAUCCGCGGUACAUUCGCUUCGGCGUCUUCGAGGCGGGGGUCGCGACCCACUAUAAUUUGAGGGUGUCGAGCGCGAAGAUCGCCAUGGAGCUCCUGGAGGAGAUCAACGCGCACAUCCCGUCCGAGUGA